UAAAGUGACAUUAAGUAAACUUUUGGACUUUUUUCACCCUAUUUUGUUAUUUUCAUUUAGCAAUCUUAAUUCACUUAUUCUUUCAGUUACAGCUUGCCUGUACAAUAAAAAUAAGGUGGAAUUCUCCUUUUACCAUCUCAAAAUUAUCCUUUGUUCUUGGCUUAUUCAGGUGCUGAUCUGGGCUGAAAGUCUCAAUCGGGGCUUUUUGUUUACUAUGUUAUUUACAUCCUUUCUCUAGAUGUUGUUUUAAAAUUAUAUAUUUCAAUUUAUGACUCAAAAUAUUGGUUACUUGUUUUAUAACUUUGAUGAUUUAAACAUCUCAUAUAGAUUUCAAUAUAAUAAACAAGUAAAAUAAUUAAUUACUAUAUAUUUUCAAAACCAGUCAAGACAUUUACUCAUGAAGAAUUCUUCAGGCAAAAAUUAUUUUCAACCAUUUUUUAUCUAAUAUACAAAAAUGAAAAAAUUACAACAAUGGCUUAAUUUUAAAGUGAAAUUGUUGCAACCACUUCCACCACAUCAUUAAAAAAAAUUCACUCAAAUAGCACCACAGAACAUGAAUUUAUUGCUCCAUCUCGGAUUCUCUGACUGAGUGCGGAAAAGGGUUCUUUUUUUAAGAAUGUCUUUGUUCUUGUGAAUCAUCUCUGUGCUAUCUGUUCCUGUACAGAGAGAAGAUUAGGAGCACAUUAUGGAGCAAAUAUUUUUAAAAGUCUGGAAUCUCCUUUGCAGUACACUUGUGAACAAAAUUGACAUUGACUGCGUUGUUGAUGGUCAUCUUUUUAACGAAUGCGCCAUAUUGUUUUUUCUACCAUCAGUCGCCAACUGAAAUGUUCGCCGAAAUUAUUUGUUCGUCAGCUGUUAUAAUGUUUAAUUCUAGGCUUUAAUGGAACUCAUUUUUAUGAAUGAAGAUUAGAUUGUAAAGACAAUUCUACGUAAAUUAGCUCCUGAAUUAAUACGUCGAAUCGGAGGCAUUUUAAGCCUUAUUUUACCAUUUUCAUCUGGCAACCUGUUCGAUACACUCUUUCGCCGUCUGUACAUAUUGCAGCAAUACGGAAUAAUUCUUUGUUCCCUUUCGUUUUCUCAUAACCGUCUGUCUUGGUGGCUACAAGUAUUGAGUGUCGAAAGGUAUUUGUUACGAAGCGCUUAUGGACUAUUUUGAAUGAACUCUAACAUAUCAUUUUUUGCUCAAAGAUGAAAGUAGAUUUUACUGUCCACCGUAUUUCAAGCAAUUUCUGUUUGGAGUCCAACUACUACAUAAAAUUAAACAUUACUUUUCUAACAACAUGAUGAUGAAUUAAAAUGUUAUGAAAUUAGGUGACUAUUAUCAUUCAUAAAGCAAAGUUAUGGAAACGAAAAUAAAAUCAUACAACUGUGAAGUGUGCGGUAAAGAGUUCAAUAAGAAUGACAGAUUAAAAUUACAUUUACGUAUUCAUACAAAAGAAAAGCCUUUUUCUUGUGAAAUUUGUGGUAUAGCGUUUAAUCAAAAAAGUAAUUUAAGUACCCAUGUACGAGUUCAUACAAAAGAGAAGCCUUAUAAUUGUGAAGUCUGUGGUAAAUUAUUCUAUCAAAGUGGCAGUUUAAAAGAACAUUUAACUAUUCAUACAAAAGAAACACCUUAUGCUUGUGAAAUUUGCGGUAAAGCGUUUAGACUAACCAAACAUUUAAAAGCACAUUUCAAUAUUCAUACGACAGAAAAGCCUUUUACUUGUGAAGUCUGCGGUAAAGCAUUUAAUCAGAAAAGUAAUUUAAUCGUCCAUUUGCGGAUUCAUACGAAAGAAAAACCGUAUGAUUGUGAAGUCUGUGGUAAAGUAUUCUCUCAAAGUGGCAGUUUAAAAGAACAUUCAAUUAUUCAUACGACAUUAAAACCUUUUGAAUGUGAAAAAUGUGGUAAAUCGUUUGGACUAGCCAGGCUAUUAAAAAGACAUUUAAUUAUUCAUAUGACAGAAAAGCCUCAUAGUUGUGAAAUCUGCGGUAAAAUGUUCACUGAGAAUGGCAGUUUAAAAAAACAUUUGCGUAUACAUACGAAAGAAAAGCCAUACGGUUGUGAAAUAUGCGGUAAAUCGUUCAGAGUAAUCAGUCAUUUAAAAAGACACUUACAUAUUCACACAAAAGAAAAACCUUUUGCUUGUGAAAUUUGCGGAAAAUCGUUUAAUCAAAAAAAUAAUUUAAGCGCCCAUUUACAUAUCCAUUCAAAAGAAAAGCCUUAUGUUUGUGAAAUCUGUGGUAAAGUUUUCACUCAAAAAGGCAGUUUAAAUAAACAUUCAAUGACUCAUACGACUUGAAAACCCUGUUGUUAAAAAUGUGGUAAAUUGUUUGGAUUACCAGCUAUUAAAAAAACAUUUAAUUAUUCGUACGACGGAAUUUUUACUGAGAGUGACAGAUUGAAAAAUCAUAUAUGUAUUCAACGAAAAAAAAAAUACUUUAUGGUUUUGAAAUAUGUUGUAAAUCGUUGAUAGAAAUCAGUCAUUUAAAGAUACAUUUACGUAUUCAUAUGAAAGAAAAUCCCUAUGACUAUGAAAUCUCUGACUAAUAGUUCAGAUUUAAAAAUGUAUAUAUACAUUUCUCCGUAUUCAUAAAACAGAACAGUGUGAUGCUGGAAUGACAGAUUAAAGCAUAUAUCUACGAAAAUAUUUUGUAAUUAUAUUUACUUACUCUUAAUUAGAAACUAUCUUGUGUACAUGAAAUGUGCAUAGAAAUAUUAAAAGAAUUCUUGCAUACAUUGACAAUAAUUAUUAACCCAGAGGAAGUAUCUCCUGAAUGUGAUACUUCUGAGAACGAGUUUCUGCUUGACUAAUUUCAGUGUGCUGUCUUUCAUUUGUGUGGAAACGCUAUGGGAUAAUAAAGUGAAUAUCAGUAGGCAUGUUUGUGAGUAUGAAGUAAAAAGGUCAAAGAAGAAUAAAAUGCUCAUGAAUUAGAAAUUUAAGAACACCUAUUACUCUAA